AUGGCAUCUUUAUCAAGUUUGAACAAAAUAUCUGCACUGAGUAGAGAGAAUGUCCAUAUCCGGGACAAGGCGGAGUUGUUGCAGAAGUUGAAUAAGAUGAUUCAUGAUGGUCACAACAAGCUGCAGAUAGUGACAGACUUCGACCACACGCUGACCAGACACACCAUGGACAAUGGAAGUGUUGUACUCACUAGUUUUGGUAUGUUCCGUGAGUGCCCAUCAAUACCACAGCACUACAAAGAUGAGGACAAUAGGCUGGCCGGCAUCUACAAACCAAUAGAGAGUGACCCUCACAUGAGUAUUGAGGAGAAAACGAAACAUAUGAUAGACUGGUAUGUGGCAGCACAUGCUUUGCUGAAAGGCGUGAAAUUUCCGAGACAUGAAUUGAAGGAAGCAGCUAACAAAAUGGUGGAGUGUUUUAGGAAAGGUGUCCGUGAAAUGAUAGACUGGAGCAGAGCGCAGCAGGUGCCGGUGUUGGUGUUCUCCGCGGGACUCGGUGAGUCCGUCCUGGCUGCCAUGACUGCCGCCAACUUCAUGCUACCUAACGUUAAGGUAAUAUCAAACUUCCUAGCCCUGGACGAGAACGACUGCAUAGUGGGUAUCAAAGGCGAGGUGAUACACACGUACAAUAAAAACGAAACCGCCAUCAAACACACGGAGUAUUACGACAUGGUGCAACAGAGGACCAACGUCGUACUUAUGGGGGACAAUAUAGGGGAUGCAGGCAUGGCAGAGGGUAUGGAACACUGUGACGUUGUCGUCAAAGUAGGAUUUCUAGGAAACAAUCGCGAGGGUAACCUCACAAACUAUCUAAACAAGUUCGAUAUUGUCCUGGUCAAUGACCCCACUGUUGACGUUGUGAACGGCAUUCUAGAAUGUAUACUGUGA